AGCAAACUUGAUUUGCUCAUCAUUUUCAAAUAAAUAAGACUACAUCUAAUAAUUACAUUACAAAGCAUCACCUCAUCAAAACAUUCAUCGUCUUUAACAAAGCUCAGCUUGAUCGUGGGUUUCAUCUAUGGAAAAUGUUAGAGAUACGAGGGGGCAUGGAGGGAGAACAAGAAGGCAAAACGCAGUAGUUGAACAAAUUGUACCUUCUUCGGGUUGGACGGAGGACCCAAGCACCCAUUAUCUCCUUGUUAAUCUACCUGGUUUCAAGAAGGAUGAGCUUAAGCUUCAGGUUACUGGCUCUGGCGACUUGAUGAUCAGUGGAGAAAGGAAAGUAGAUGAAGAAAAAAUUGUUUAUUUUGAGCAAACCUUUGAAGUGCCAAAAAAUACCGACAUGGAUAAGACCACUGGAAAAUUCAGUGCUGAGAUUCUGUAUGUCACUAUCCCAAAGCAAGUGGUAGAAGAAAAGAGAACAGAUGAGAACGUAGAAGGAAAUGGCAGUGGCUCCCAAAGAGAAGACGAGAAGAAGAGCAAGGGAAAUGCCAACCAUCUUCCUCAAGGAAAAAUUGGUUUCAAGAAUGAUGAGGUUCAGCUUCAAAUUACUGGCUCUGGCAACUUGAUGAUCAGUGGAGAAAAGAAAGUACGUGAAGACAAAAUUGAUUAUAUUGAGCAAACCAUUAAAGUGCCAGAAAAUACAGACAUGGAUAAGAACAUUGGAAAAUUCAGUGGUGAAAUCCUCUUUGUCACUGUCCCAAAGCAAGUGGUAGACGGAAAGAGAAAUGCAGGGUUCUAUGGAGAGAUCAUAAAGGAUUUGAAGAAUACAAAUUCGGAAAAUGUUGUGGAGAUUCUUAAAAGAAAUAAGGGAAUUCUUAUGACAGCCAUCUUGGCAUUUUCACUAGGGGUAUUGGUAAGGCGCAAGUUGUAAUCAACUGGAAACUGAGUAGGCUCUCGACUGUAUUGCUUAGAUAUACUAUCUGCCUUCAUUUCGUUCUAUGUACAAAAUAAAAAUGCUCUGUAAAAAUCCAAAUAAAUGAUAUCUAUUGCCCCGUACCUGGAGGGUUAGGGAGUUCAUUCCUA